AUGUUCAUUUUCUUCUUUGCCAUUACCUCCAUCACUUCCACUCCCAUCAAUCGUUCUCAAGGGCGCCUUCUGGUGUACCCUUUAGGUCUUUGCAGACUGCAGCUGCAAGGAUCUAAAGGCAAUGCAAUGAAGUUGCCUUACAUUAAUGGUGUUUUGGCGGCGCCUAUGCACUGGUCUUGGCUUGGUUUGUUGGCGGUUGUGUGUACUGCGCUCCUUGCUUCUCGCGUCUUGGCUCUGAGGGUUAGUUUGUUGCGGUUGUGUAUUCUCUUCGAGCGUGAGGCUUUGUGGAAAAAGUCACGUGACCGUGUGCGUUUUCUUGGUACACUAGCUGCGCCAGUGGAAAAUGAACUCAACAUCAAUGUUCUCACUUUAGAAUCAUAUCAAAUGGACAAAGCGACUGAAAAAUCAAAUGCAAAGAUGCUUUAUGAAAUUGAAGCUUGGUUGAUUCAACUUGAAGCACACAAAAUAAAAGUAACCGAUGUGAAACACCAUCAAAACACUUUGUUUUGCAUGCAACGCACAAGUUCACUAGCAGUACCUGCUGCCGUCACUACUACUUACUACUACUACUCCAAGAAGGCAAGCUUCGACAACUCUCUGCCUCGUCAAGUGCGCCAUUUGAUCACUUUUCCCUUCGCGACACCACACUGCCCGUUCCACUCAUCACCCCAUGUGUCUAACUUUUUGCACCAUCGGCGCACUUUCUGGGAAUGCUUUUGUGGUGUCGUGGAGGAGCGUCCAACUCCUGUUUGUUUUGUGGUGACGUCAAUGGGAUUCACCACAGCCGUCUGCUCUUUCCGCAACAGGUGUGGUUUCGCUACUUACGAGGAUUGGCCUGCGUCCGGUAUUGUGCUCGACAUCGCGGCCUUGACAAUGAAGUUCGAACUUCGCCUGGCAAGAACGCCUCUCGGUUACGCUGAAAUCGCCCCAUACUUCGUGGACUACCUUGGUACUCACUCAUCCAUCUAUCUUCUACAGAGGCCUCGCAUUAUCUCAAAGAUCUUCCCGCUAUGCACAUUGUCCAGCAAGCCCCCAUCUUGUCUGCUAGCGAGUAAGGGCACCUGUAUGCACUUGCCUCUGUGUACACAAAACAAAAAAAUCCAAGGUUACAUGUAUCUUUCGAAGUCUAAGUAUGAAGAAAGUGCCACGUCAGCAAAUCAGCGAAAAUAUAGGCUGAAAAACGAAACAAGACAAAAUAUUCACUGGCAACCAGUGUAUCAGAACAGGGAGAGAAGUGAGAUACAGAUGGAACCAAACGUCUCAGGUCUGCAGGAACUGAGUAAGGUCGGAGUGAUAACAGGGUACCUACAACUCACAAUGUACCUAAAUUGGGACUAA